UAAUGCGAUACAGUCGUCGAUAAUCAUUCGCUCUGAAUUGUAGUUUUUUGAAAGAAAACAUUUUUGAAAUGAGAAAAACUCCUAAAACCCAAGUUCUUCUUCUAUUGAUUCUAUUAAAUGGGAAUCUUUUCGGAUUAUCAGUUGGAGAUGAAUAUAAUGAAUCUGAUUAUGAAUACGAUAUUGGUGGCGACCCUAUCGGAUAUGCACCUACAACUACAACCACUGCAAAUCCCAUAUUUGCAAAACCGUGCAGGUCAAUGAUAAAUGAAUUCUGUGUAAAACUAAACCAGUGUGCAACAGGGAUUCGUACUCCAAAACUAAACAUUGAUUUAAAUAAACCACGAGGCGAGUGCCAUUAUUUGGAAACGUGCUGUGAGCGAAGCAAAAUUAUAGAAUCAAGCCCCCCACUUGAUGUCGAUUUAACACAUGAUCAGUGCGGCAUUACCAAUGAAGAUGGUCUUUACAUGACCGUACAAAGCAAAAACCAAGAAACUAGCUUUGCGCAGUAUCCCUGGGUAGUUGCCAUUCUGGACUCGGAAUCAAAACACAUCUGCAACGGUGUCCUGAUUAGCCACACAGUAGUCCUGUCGGCGGCCAACUGCUUGACUUUAAAUGGGAACCUCACGGUGAGUGGCGGCGACUGGGACCUUCUAUCGACUAACGAAAUAGUCCCACACGAAAACCGUCUAGUCAAAGAUAUCAUUAUUCACAAAAAGUAUGUUUCGACAACAUUGAAAAACAACUUAGUCCUACUUAUCCUGGAGAGCGCCUUUUCGCGAACUAGGCAUAUAGUUCCCAUCUGCAUGUUCCAUGACCUCGGCAGCUCGAAGCUCAACACUACUAGAUGUUUUGCCACAGGAUGGAAAAUAAAUAAAUAUUCUAUGUCUGAUCCAAAGGAAAACAUUGUUCUUAAACUAGACAUACCCACAAAGACAGCAGCCAUUAAUGGACGUGAUGCAAUGAUCAAGUCACGUGUUAUCCCUUAUCCGUACAGGAAUCUUAAGGGAGCACCUCUAGUCUGUCCCACCGAGAGGAACCAAUACUUUUUAUUGGGUAUAUGGAGCUACCAGGAAAAUGGAAAUUAUGUUGUAUUCGAAAAAAUUGUAAGGAAUCUAAAAUGGAUUAAGGAUUACUUAUAAAUGGAAUUCUUCAAAACUAAUCAUUUAAUCAUUUUACAAUUAAUUAAUUUGG